AUGGGUGGCCCAAUCAAGCAUAUCCCGCCGAAAUGGGCCCUCCGCGGCGACAUCUACACCUUUUCCUUCUGGACGCCUCCCUCAGCCGCUAACUCUCUGCCCGAGCAUGCAUACUCGCCGCUCGAGGGCAAGACGUCGUUUGCCGACGAGACGCUUAGCAGACCGGUUGGCGGGCUGAGCAUGAUCCAGAUCCUGAGCUACAGGGACUCGCCUGUGGGGCCGUACGACGAGAUGCUGGUUGCACCGGGCAGCUUUGAGUGGGAGAGGACGGAGCCCGGGGGCGAGAAGAAGAAGGGCUGCAAUCCCAAGAUUACGAGAAUCUAUGUUUCGACACCGAAUAGUUGUUUCAACGGGAGGACGAACUGGAACACCCCCAAACAUCUCGCCAAAUUCGUCUGGGACCACCACCCCGACGGCUCCACCACCAUCCAAAUCUUCCCUCACGACGAUCCCGCCAACCCGGACGAAUCCCAGCCCUCGUCCCGGCCCUUCUUCACCACCACCUUCAAGCCCAUGUCCCUCGUCCCGCGCUUCCCCUUCGCCACCAGCUGGGUCGACCACCUCGGCUUCAACACCACGCUCGUCAUGCCGCCCCUCCCCGCCGGCAACGGCUCCUACGGCGAGCUCCCCGCCACCUCCCGCUGGAUCAGCCUCGUCACCAAGCAGUACUGCGCCAGCAGCUCCGUCGGCUGGUACGACGUUGCCCAGCCCGACGGCGGAGAGGCCUGCGGUGGCCACGAGAACUUUUUGCCUUGGCUCGGGAGGUGGCAGGUCGGGCUCAAGAUGAAGGACGCCGACCUGACGUUUGAAAUCCCCGACGAGACGUGGGAAAGGGGCGACGUGAUUGGUGAAGCUUCGACGCCGAGGGCAGCAGACGAAAAGACUUUGACGCCGCAGGAACAGGCAGCGCUGCUAAGACCAAGGCAAUGGGGUUCAGGCAACUUCCUACAAGAUUAUUUCUUCUAA